AUGGCCAACCCGCACAAUAAUCUUGUGAUGCGGCUUAGGCAAGAUCGCAACGAGGUUUUGGGUGACAACGCUGCGCAAAUGAUUCUUCCCUGCCGUACUGCCAGCACCAGCACCACAGCCGCCACCAGCACCGGUACCGCCACACACACCGCGACCGCCACCAUCGAUUCUGCCCCUGCCGAGAACACAGCCGCUACCGCCGCCAUCCCCAUCCCGACCGAUGAUCAGUCGCUGGACGAGCAGGAACAGCGCUGGUACCAUGCUCUUUGCGCCUAUGUCAACGGCGACAGCACCAAAACAUAA